GAAGCUAAAAGCAUAAGCCAGCACCUUCGUUUCAAGCACAAUGUGCUAAAUAUUAUUGAGCGAAGGCUUAUAAUAAAUAUGAUACGGGGCAAGGUCCGUAUCGACAAUAUGCCUUGCCCUGUAUGCAACAAAAAGAUGCGCCAUGUAGAGGUGCACAUGAGGGUGGGGCACAAAGACCUCAAGGAAAAGCAGAGGGCCCAGAUGCUCAAGGGCCUGAGGCAAGAGGCAACGAAAGGCAGGCUUCAGGCCCUGUCAGCCACAAACCCCAUCGUGCCUCUGGCGACACAGUGGGGUGAUGCGGGGCUAAAGAUGGCAGACCAGCCGGCAGACCAAGAGACAAUGGAGGAGGGUGACCUGGCAGUGAAGCACUCAAUUCUCUCGGAAAUCCGGAAAUUGAUGUUCUCUGUCAAGCCCCCCAUCCAAGAAGAUGUACAAUCUCUGCCAAUCCUAGAGGAGCAGCUGGUAGCCGCGCCAUCCCCGCUUCCGUCCGACAUUUUGGCAGAAGCGCUCCACGAGGCCCUGCAUGGCAUGCACAAUGUCCCCAUACCCCCACAGGAGGAGCUGGUAAACGCACCCUCCCUGUUUUUUUCCGCCCUGUCGGACGGAGCACUCCACAGGGACAUGCAUGUCGUGCGCGAAGUCCCCGGAGCCACGGUGGAGGAGCUGGUCGCCCCGGACUGGGAGCUGGUCGCCCCGGACUGGGAGCUGGUCGCCCCGGACUGGGAGCUGGUCGCCCCGGACUGGGAGCUGGCCGCCCCGGACUGGGAGCUGGUCGCCCACGAGGAGGAGCUGGUUGCCCCGCCCUCCCCGCUGCUGUCCGGCUUGUCCGCAACAUCUCAGCCUUGCACACUCUAA